AUGGAUUUUUUCUCUUUAUUUCCGAAAAUCCGGUCCAAUUCUCCACAAGCAGCAACUCUCUCCUCUUCUGAAGUUCCCGAAAUCCCCCCUAAAUCCUUUGCUCAAGUCCUCAAUGGGGUAAGCGAUAUACCUUCUUCUCAACUUCCACAAGCCCUUGUUAAAGGUGAAAAGCUCUCGAUAACCAUCCCUGAAAAUGAGUACAAUGUUGGUCUUGAGGAAUGUAAGAAUAACCUCCAUGGUAGAAUUUUAUGGUCAAAACGUUCGUCCCCGUUAGUUGUGUUUGAUCUGCGCAAAAAGCUUGUUGUUCUAUGGUCGAAUAUGAAAAAUUGGGGAGUACUCUCUCUUGGAAAGGCAUUUUAUGAGUUUAACUUCUCUAGUGCUGAAGAAAUGAGGAGGGUUAGGGCAUCUUGGCCUAAUAGCCUAAAUCCGGGUACUCUGAAACUGUUUGCUUGGUCGAGAGAUUUCAAUCCGACAUGUUAA